AUGUCAUCCAAUCACAUAACACCCCACAUUGCACUGUCCAAUGAGAGUGCUCCAUCCAUAGACGAUCUUGACUUUACCAUUCCUAACCAGUACAAUGUCCAAUCAGAAGAUGGGAACAAUUUAAAUGCCGUCAUGAGGGUUGGCGAUAGACAGGCAUUUGACUACCCCCACCAGAAUCAACACCAGUUAGCCGACAGACCACCACUAUCCAUAGGGGGUGGUGACGUUGUGAGGAGGGCUGACUCUUCCCAGAACGGUGCAUCCAGGGCCAGUGGCUCGAGAUUCGGCGAAAAUUAUUACUCUCUCAUAUCAGAUGACUCCACUCUCCCGCGGCCAAACAUCUUCAUUCCCUCGCACACGCCAACAGGCAACACAAGCCCCCCCAUGCCCCCGAGGUAUCCCACAAACUUCCGCAACAAAAACACCUCCAACAACAACAACAAUUUCACCUCUAGCAACAACUUCGCCAACAAUUUCAACAACUCGACGAUAUCCACUUUAGAUCGACUGGGAGGGCCUGCCACGAAACGGCAGCCCCCCUCAAUGACGUCAGCAGCUGACGGUGACGUGUACAAAGAAAACAUGGCGAAUUUUAAAGGUGGCCACUACGAAUUGGAUGAGAGUUUUUCAGCCAAUCAGAACGCUGCCCCGAAUGACGUCACCGACGAUGAUGAUAACGAUGAUAUUAACGACGACGACGAUGAUGACGAUCCACGAUUGAAGUACCUAGCUCAGAACGCAAACGGCUGCGUUUUUGUGCCCCCUGGCUUCUCCUACCAGCAACAUUCUAGUCCAAGUGUGGAACUGAACAGCCAAUCAAAUCUUUUGAGGGGUGGCACUUCGAAUCUUGGUCAAACCAGAUUGACCAAUAACAGAGCUUCCCUAAUUGGCCCCAAUUCAGAUGCUGUCAACGAAAAAUUGAUACCCGCGGCUCGAUCCCCCCCUUCCGGUUCAACCUUCCCGAACCACUUCCACCCGGCAAAUCUUCAAUCCAACCACCCUCUCCUACUCAACCACCAAACAACAAAAUUGAUAUCAACAAACGCGACAACAGCCGAUAACAGCAACAAAUAUUACGCAAACAACAACAGCAACGUCAACAACAACAACAACAAUGACGAUGAUGACGUCAAAUUUGUGUUUGAUAAAAAGAUUAAAAAGUAUGUUAGUUGGAAGUGCUUGGCAGUCAUUUUGGCCAUCUUGUCUUUUGUUCUACUAAUCAUUCUCUGCUAUUUUAUUGGUACGUACCUCAGAAAGAUCAACCAAUCAAAUUCCGAUGCCAAUUUAUCACGUGAUCUCAUAGACCCUCUUUCAUCGUCAUCGUCUUCAUCUCCGCUCACACAUUACGUCACGGGAACGACGGAGCAUUUCCGGUUGCGGAGGCGAGAAUCCUGGAAGACAGUGAUGUACGUGAUGAAAUCAGUUAAAUUAAAGAUAAAACUGGAAGCGCCUAGAACCGCCGUGUUCGGUAUUUACGGUAACCGAAACGAAAUGCCGAGUCACACCCGGUUCGAAUUUUUUCAUCCGUUGACCGCUGCCCAGGCGAAUAUUUCAAACGAAAUAAUGUACAUUCUCUGA